GCCCUUAUCUACGGCUGCGGCGUCUAUAGCAGCGGCAUCUACUGGUGGGCCGCCAUCGUACGCCGCUUCACGCCCAAGAGGAUUAGUAUCGUCCGUGACGGGUGUAGUACCUGGAAAGCGCAGUAUGCCGCCUCACUCUUCAGAAUCGCCUGCCAAGAAACAAACAAAAUGGAGCUCGGAUGAAGAUAGACUGAUCAUCGAACUUCGGCAAAGUGGCAUGAAGUGGGAGGAUAUUUCGAAGAAAUUACCGGGAAGAAGUGCUAUCAGUUGUCGAUUACAUUAUCAAAACUACCUUGAGAAAAGGUGCGAGUGGGAUGAAGAGAAGAAAAAUAAGCUGGCAAGACUGUACGAAAGAAACAGGUUCAAAUCCGAGAUGUGGGCCGGGGUUGCGGGAGAGAUGGGGAUGCCAUGGCGGGCGGUAGAGGCGAUGCAUUGGCACCUCGGAGAUCAGGAGAUGACACGUCGGGCUGGAACGACGCCGUUCCAACUCGCGGCAUCGGCAUCGGAGGGUGGAUCUAGAUCGUCUUCGCGGCAUACGCAUUCGCAUUCACAAGGAAACAUUUCUCGCGACUCGGGAACUGGAAAAGGCUACUCUCGUGGAAAUACAGUGCCAUCAAGCAGGCCCCUAGCAUCGCGAAGGGAAAGCGUACCUCCGCACCUUUCCAUCUAUGCCGAACGCUCUCCUGAAUCCUAUGGAUAUCCCCAACCGCUCGCCCCCAUCAAGACAAGAGAUCGCCAACCACCGUCAGGGGUACUCCCCGGUAUCGCGGAGCUUACGACAGGCGUUGCCCCCUACAGCACACCGGCGUAUUCCCUUCCUGUACCAAGUGCUAGUCCUGUCCUCAGCGCCACCGCGAGUCCAGGUCCAUAUAUGAGCCCGAUUGGGUACCCAUCUAUGGAGCCAACAGGCUCUAAGCGGCGUAGGAGUCCGGAUACCCACCUUAUGUCUCCCGAUAUGAACAGACGAAGACACCUCGAUCUACGAGCCGAGUACUACGAAAAGGCGAGUCCCACAAAGUACGAGCAUGGCCGCUAAGCGAAGACAAAAGAGCAGUCUUAGGAGAUUACUUAGAUGAGAUCUAGGCUUUUCGUUUUUUGUUUCUUCGAUGGGAUCUGGACCUUGAAUUAGUAGCCUUGUUGAUGUGCUUUUUUUUAUCCUCGGGAUGAGAACGUACGACAGCACACGUAACGUACGCUUUUCUACAUUUUGGCAGCGUUGCAUCGGGACCGGAGCGGAUAUUUUCA